GCAUCGCACAUCCAUCGACAAUGAUCUUCUCAAAGCUGAUGCUGAUCGCCGUCGGCGCUGGCGUCGCGACGGCUCUUCCCGUGUCGCCUGAAGCGGUUGCAGUGUGCGGCGAGAAGCGCACCGCUCCUGAGGGCACGAUACCACUUCCCGAGAUCCCGGAGCUCGCCUGGGGGCUGCUUGAGGAUUCCAACCCGGGCGCGCACCCAGAGGAGUACCAGAAAAUCUGCACGGACAAGGACAAGUAUCACCUCGUCAAGAAUGCUGGUCGAGGCGGAUUUUCCGACUUUGCGGUAGGCCAGUGCAACGACCCUAGCGGCUGCCCAGUCUAUCGUGUCUUUGACAAGGCUCCAGACCACGGACGCCGGCUCGAAGCGUCUGCUUGCGGCCACUCUUGGUCGCCCCUCCAGGAUCUUCAAGGCGUCAAUGGGGCGGCCAAGACCCUCUCCAAGUACUUGAAGGAUGUGGGUGUCUGCCCGUACCAGUAUGCCGCUCACCCGUCCGAUGACCCUCCCGAGCAAGCCUCCGGCGGCAACAAGGGCGGCUACUUGAUGAAGUGCACGUUGCGCGCUUCGCACGACUUCGCGUUUGGCCAGACGCAAUCGGCCGACUGCUUGAAGGAGGACGGCACGCCGUACACUUUGGAGGCUACGGCAGCGCUGCAGAUCAGUCCUGUUGACUUUUCGGUCCUGUCCGACUGCAGCUGGUGUGAGAUGAUGGACUUCGAUCGCGAGGCAGCGGAUGCUCCGAAUGUUCUCAAGUGCGUCGACGACGCGUGGACACCCAUUGAUUGCAGCAGCAACUGAGCAAGACUGCCGCCUCCACUCCGCUGGAUCCGCCGCCCUGGCCCCUCGUGCUUGGGAGAGGAAGACAUCAAUAGCGCGGCGUGGCUUUGCGCGUGGAUGCAGGUCGCAGGUGUUCAUUACAGUUCCGUGUUCGAGUACGUGUCUACUGUCUAGCUUUUGUGUUUUCUUUACCCAUUACCGUGUUGGAACGUAAAAUUC